GGCGCGCCGCGCGGGCUUCGCUGGCGGCUGCACAGAGCUCACAGUGCGGCCCGCGCUUCCCAGCGUCCGCACUCGGCCGUCCGUGCCCACCGUGCCCAUCCCGCCAUGGCCGCGGCCGCCCUCCUAACCCGGUCCCGGCCACUGCCCCUGCUCCUGCUGCCGCCGCUGCUGCUGCUGCUGCUGCUGCGCGCCGGCCGGGUGCGCGCUGACAGUAAGGUGUUUGGUGACAUGGACCAGGUGCGAAUGACCUCAGAGGGCUCUGACUGCCGCUGCAAGUGCAUCAUGCGGCCGCUGAGCAAGGACGCGUGCAGCCGGGUGCGCAGCGGGCGGGCACGGGUGGAGGACUUCUACACUGUGGAGACCGUGAGCUCAGGGACCGACUGCCGCUGCUCUUGCACGGCGCCACCCUCCUCACUCAACCCCUGCGAGAACGAGUGGAAGAUGGAGAAGCUCAAGAAGCAGGCACCGGAGCUCCUCAAGCUACAGUCCAUGGUGGAUCUCCUGGAGGGCACCUUGUACAGCAUGGACCUGAUGAAAGUGCACGCCUAUGUCCACAAGGUGGCCUCCCAGAUGAACACGCUGGAAGAGAGCGUCAAGGUGAACCUGAGCCGGGAGAACGAGGUGGUGAAGGAGGGCAUGCGCCAUCUCAGUGAGCAGCUGAAGCGCUAUGAGAAUCACUCGGCCAUCAUGAUGGGCAUCAAGAAGGAGCUCUCCAGCCUGGGCCUCCAGCUGCUGCAGAAGGACGCUGCCACGGUCCCGGAUGCUGCCCCAGCCCCCGGCCCUGCUAGCAAGGCUCAGGACACAGCUGGAGGGAAAGGCAAAGACAACAACAAAUACAGCAACAUGCAGAAGAGCUUUGUAGACAGGGGCCUCCCAAAACCUCCUAAGGAGAAGCUGCUGAAGGUGGAGAAGCUGAGGAAGGAGGGUGGCAAGGGCAGAUUCCCCCAGCCCACAGCCAAGCCCCGGACCCUGGCCCAGCAGCAGGCUGUGAUCCGAGGCAUCACCUACUACAAGGCGGGCAGGAAGGAGGUGGCCGAAGCUGUGGCUGACAACGCCCUCAAGGGCACUUCCUGGCUGGAACAGCUGCCGCCCAGGGCCGAGGGCAGAUCACCAGAGCCCAACUCAGCAGAACAAGACGAGGCUGGGCCCAGGGCCUCAGAGGGAGCGGACUUGGCCUCCGGCACCCCCGGCUCGGACCCCACCGUCACCUCCACCCUGACUCCCACCACCCGUCCCCUGCCCACCGAGCCACCUUCACGCCCAGACGUCCCCAACGCAGGCAGAGAGAUAAGCUGUGAGGGCACCCUCCGGGCUGUGGACCCCCCCGUGAGGCACCACAGCUACGGGCGCCAUGAGGGAGCCUGGAUGAAGGACCCCGCCGCGAAAGAUGACAGGAUCUAUGUCACCAACUACUACUACGGGAACAGCCUGGCAGAGUUCCGCAACCUGGAAAACUUCAAGCAAGGCCGCUGGAGUAACAUGUACAAGCUGCCCUACAACUGGAUCGGCACGGGCCACGUGGUGUACCAGGGCGCCUUCUACUACAACCGCGCCUUCACCAAGAACAUCAUCAAGUACGACCUGAGGCAGCGCUUCGUGGCCUCCUGGGCGCUGCUGCCAGACGUGGUGUACGAGGACACCACGCCCUGGAAGUGGCGCGGCCACUCGGACAUCGACUUCGCCGUGGACGAGAGCGGCCUGUGGGUCAUCUACCCCGCGGCGGAUGACCGCGACGAGGCCCAGCCCGAGGUGAUCGUGCUGAGCCGCCUGGACCCCGGCGACCUCUCCAUGCACCGCGAGACCACGUGGAAGACGCGGCUGCGGCGGAACUCCUACGGGAACUGCUUCCUGGUGUGCGGCAUCCUGUACGCCGUGGACACGUACGACCAGCAGGAGGGCCAGGUGGCCUACGCCUUCGACACGCACACAGGCACCGACGCACGCCCGCAGCUGCCCUUCCUCAACAAGCAUGCCUACACCACCCAGAUCGACUAUAACCCCAAGGAGCGGGUGCUGUAUGCCUGGGACAAUGGCCACCAGCUCACCUACACCCUCCACUUCGUGGUCUGAGCAUGGACCUGUGCUCACAGGAGAGGAGGGGCAGUGGGCAUGGGGGCUCCCCACAGCAACUCCUGCAAGGGGCUCCAUCAGCAAAUAUUUUGGGGGGGCCAGGUCCCGGGGCAGGUGCUGGGCAUGUGGCACAGCCAGGUCAAAGCUCCCUUGGCCCCAGUGGGUUAGUAAUCCCUUCCACUCACAGAGCACCCUGCCAAGAUCUUCGUGUGCACUCAAUCCCACUCAGUCCUCCCACUGGCACCCUUGGAGGUAGAGAUGAUUCAGCCCAUUUAACAGAUGAGGACACUGAGGCUCAGAGAGACCGUUCCCUUGCCUAAAUAGCCUCACUUUGGAUCAGGCAGGCCAUGCUUUACAGAUGAGGAGACGUGACCACACUCCCCUACACCUCCAGGCCUCUCCCUACUCCUAUAGUUUCUCUUGCUCUCUCAACUCUGUCUCCCUUCCUGAGGCUGCUCUAAACCAGAGGCCUCCUGGACCCAUGCACUAGUGUUGGUUGGAGGCUCCGCUCCGUGUACCACCCCAGGCGCCCGUUCUGGCCGAACUGUUGGUGGCCCUGGGCUUCAGGCCCCUUGGCUAAUGUUCCUGCUCCUUGCCUCUAGCCACCCCCCUCCCCCGCCCCUGCCACCCCUCCUCACCAUUCUGUCCAACCACAUUCCAAACCUCCAUGGUCACCCAGCCACUGAGCAGAAACCACACCCCAAGGAAAAAUACCAGCCCCUGUUCCAAGCUCCCCCUCCCUCUGUACUCAUUUUUAUUUUCUCUUAUUCCACCUCAGUGCCGUCAUCUGUUUCCGCAGCAGCAGCUGAGAAGGCUGCAGGCAGCUGUCUGCCAGCCCCGACUCUACCAGGGUGGGCAGCUGGGCCAGGCCCUGAGGCUCCCUCUCCACCCAGAACGGCUGGCUUUGGCCACAUACCACAGGCCAUGGGACCUCUCCUCAGCCCUUCCCAGAGCCUUUGGGCCUGCGGUCCAUGCUGUCGUUUCUCUCUGGACCUUUGAACCCACAACCUGUAUGCACUCAGGGAUACCUCCAGGACUGCCAUGAGCAAGACCCUAGACCCGAGGCUGGGGUGGUGCCAGGAUGAAACAGAUUCCCUCUUCCUUGUCACUCCUGACCUGAUCAUUUAGUGGAAUGGCCCAGCAGCAGGGGUGGGGGUGGUAGGGGGAGGGA